AUGUUGCUAGGCAACCUUUUCUUUCCAGCAAAGGUGUGUCUCUUGCAGGACCAGCAGCAGUCCAAAGAUGUCUCUCCUGCAGCAAAGGUGUGUCUCUUGCAGGACCAGCAGCAGUCCAAAGAUGUCUCUCCUGCAGCUGUGGACCAGCAGCAGUCCAAAGAUGUCUCUCCUGCAGCUGUGGACCAGCAGCAGUCCAAAGGUCUGUCUCCUGCAGCAAAGGUGUGUCUCUUGCAGGACCAGCAGCAGUCCAAAGAUGUCUCUCCUGCAGCUGUGGUCAUGAGCGGACCAGCAGCAGUCCAAAGAUGUCUCUCCUGCAGCUGUGGUCAUGAGCGGACCAGCAGCAGUCCAAAGAUGUCUCUCCUGCAGGACCAGCAGCAGUCCAAAGAUGUCUCUCCUGCAGCUGUGGACCAGCAGCAGUCCAAAGAUGUCUCUCCUGCAGCAAAGGUGUGUCUCUUGCAGGACCAGCAGCAGUCCAAAGAUGUCUCUCCUGCAGCUGUGGUCAUGAGCGGACCAGCAGCAGUCCAAAGAUGUCUCUCCUGCAGCUGUGGUCAUGAGCGGACCAGCAGCAGUCCAAAGAUGUCUCUCCUGCAGGACCAGCAGCAGUCCAAAGAUGUCUCUCCUGCAGCUGUGGUCAUGAGCGGACCAGCAGCAGUCCAAAGGACCAGCAGCAGUCCAAAGAUGUCUCUCCUGCAGGACCAGCAGCAGUCCAAAGAUGUGUCUCCUGCAGGUGUGGACCAGCAGCAGUCCAAAGAUGUCUCUCCUGCAGCAAAGGUGUGUCUCUUGCAGGACCAGCAGCAGUCCAAAGAUGUCUCUCCUGCAGGACCAGCAGCAGUCCAAAGAUGUGUCUCCUGCAGGACCAGCAGCAGUCCAAAGAUGUCUCUCCUGCAGGACCAGCAGCAGUCCAAAGAUGUCUCUCCUGCAGCUGUGGACCAGCAGCAGUCCAAAGGUCUGUCUCCUGCAGCAAAGGUGUGUCUCUUGCAGGACCAGCAGCAGUCCAAAGAUGUCUCUCCUGCAGCUGUGGACCAGCAGCAGUCCAAAGAUGUCUCUCCUGCAGCUGUGGUCAUGAGCGGACCAGCAGCAGUCCAAAGGACCAGCAGCAGUCCAAAGAUGUCUCUCCUGCAGCUGUGGACCAGCAGCAGUCCAAAGAUGUCUCUCCUGCAGGACCAGCAGCAGUCCAAAGGUGUGUCUCCUGCAGGUGUGGUCAUGAGCGGUAGUCAGGAGGCUCCCAGAUGA